AUGUUUAGGCAAAUUUGCGUUGCGCGUAAUGAUCAAGAUUUGCAGCGAAUAGUAUGGGCUCCUAGUUCUUCGGAGAUGCCGGUGGUAUAUCGUUUGACCACCGUCACGUAUGGGACGGCGUGUGCUCUCUAUCUUGCGAUACGUACGCUCCUGCAGUUAGCGGAGGAUGAGAAAUCGCGUUUUCCACUCGGAGCUCAAUGCUUGGAAUUCAAUACGUACGUGGACGACACGUUUGCGGGUGCGGACGAACUUUCAAUCGCGUUGCGUACUAGACAGGAGCUCAUUGAACUUCUGAAAUCGGCGGGCGUCGAGCUUGAUAAGUGGGCCGCGAAUCAUUCUGAUUUGUUACCUCCUAACGCGCAACAACCCGGGAAGGAGGAAUCGAAAUCGAUAAAUCUUGAUGAGUCGGUUAAAACGCUGGGGGUUCAGUGGAAUCCACAUCACGAUGAGUUUCGUUUCACCACGUCAGGUUUUGAAGAUUUGUCCAGAGAGGUGACCAAACGGGCCGUCCUUUCAAAUAUUGCGCGCUUGUUUGAUCCGCUGGGGUGGUUGGCUCCGGUCACGAUAAGCGCCAAAAUCUUAAUGCAGGAUCUUUGGAUUCUGAAGGUCGGCUGGGAUUCCGUUUUACCGGUGGAAGUGCAGGAUAGAUGGAGUGAAUAUUGUAAUUCACUUUCGGCCAUGCCUGCAUUGUCAAUUAAUCGAUGGUUGGGAGCCUCUUGCGAUUCGGGUUCGCAAAUUCACGGGUUUUCCGACGCUUCAUCCCGCGCUUAUGCGGCGGCGGUUUAUAUUCGAAUUAACGAAGCAGAUGAUCGUUUCCGUGUCGUACUUUUAGCUGCCAAAAGUAAGGUUGCUCCGAUAAAGACCGUGAGCAUUCCAAAUCUCGAACUGUGUGGAGCGAUGUUGCUUGUUAAGCUUCUUCGUCACGUUCGGAAGCUUGAUUUUUUGCAGAAUAUACCAGUAUUUGCAUGGUCAGACAGUCAGAUUGUUCUGAUGUGGCUUCGGAAACACCCAUGCCACUGGAAGACUUUCGUGGCAAACCGGGUGUCCUUUAUCCAGACAGAGAUGCCGGGUGCUAAAUGGGCACAUGUGCCUACUGGAGAAAAUCCUGCGGAUUUGGCUACGCGUGGAUGUAGGCCUGCAGACUUGAUUGAGGCACGUCUGUGGUGGCAUGGGCCUGAUUGGCUUGCGAUGUACGAGGAGCAUUGGCCCAAGGUGGCACUGGUUCCGCAGAUUUUGCUUGUGGAGGCGACUCCGAGUGAUCCGGAGAUUUUGACUAAAUUUUCCUCAUUGACUCGGCUAAUUCGCGUGGUGGCUUAUUGUCUGCGCCCAUUAAUUGGCUUGCGAAGGCGCAAGGGUAAUCUUCCUGCAUUGCCGGAAUUUUUGACUGCGUCAGGGUUGUCUGGCGCUCGGAUUGCUUUGAUUAGGUUAGCACAGACGCAUGCAUUUGAAGCAGAGAUUAAGUUACUGCAGAUGGGAAAGAGUUUGGCAAAGCGUAACCCGCUACUUAGUUUGGAUCCGUUUUUAGACAAGUCGGACGGUAUUUUGCGUGUUGGGGGGCCGUCUGGGGAAUUCGGUACUGUCACAUGA